ACAAAGAUCUACAUUGUUUUUAAAUUCUUACGUAAUAGUUUUUUAACUUGUUUGAGUCAUUUAAAUACGAUUGUAUAAAGGAAUAAAUUAUUUGCAUUGGAAGUUAUUUAGUAACCUUUUAUCAACCACUUCUUUCCGUUACACAUUCUUUUCUAUUAUCAGAUUUAUGCUCUCUCUCUCUCUCUCUCUCUCUCUCUCUCUCUCUCUCUCUCUCUCUCUCUCUCGUCCUCUCUCUUCCUCUCUCUCUCUCUGUAUCUCUCUCUUUCUCUCUCUUUCUUACAAUAAUUACAUUAAAAUUUAUAAUUAAAACCUUGUUUAUAUUUAUGAGAAUAGGUUGUUAGCAAAGUACAUUAUAAAUAAUAAUUAAUGAGGAGUAUUGACAUAUAUAAAAUAAUCAUGAGACUUUAGACCGAGCAGAAAGCUAGAGUUCAUUAUUAUUAUUAUUAUAAGUUGCAAGUAUUAUAAUAAUUACAUCCAUUAGGGUUUAAUAAAUAUUUCGACUCUUACGGCGAGUCAAUCAGUUGAAAAAUGUCUAUUAGUGAAAGAGUGGCUUGUUAUAUCGUAAAGAAUUAUGAUUCGUUCAUUUGUCAAGUAGCUUUUAAUCUCUUUACAAUUAUUUUCAAUUAUUUAAUUGUACUGUGAGAAUUAAAUUGAGGAGUGAUUAAUUUUUCUUUUAACGACUGCAUAUUCCGGUUUAAAAUGUAUUUAUUAAAUAAAAUGUUUCAUUACAUCGUAAGUUUUGAUGACCCACGUAUAAAAGACUGGAUAUUAUUUAAUUCACCAUAUCCAAUUGUUCUUAUAAUCUCUUCGUAUCUUUAUUUCGUUCUCGCUUGUGGUCCUCGAUUUAUGAAGGAUAGAAAGCCAUAUUCUUUGAAAACGUUUAUAAGAUAUUACAAUAUAUUUCAAAUCGUAAUGAACAAUUUCAUUGUUUAUAAAUUACUAAAGGGAGGUUGGUUUACCAGAAUUUCGAUAUAUUGCGAACCAAUUAUCUACGGUACAGAUCCCGCUCGUAUGGAGUUGUUAGAAGGCAGCUGGUGGGCGUUGUUAACAAAACUUGUUGAUUUAAUAGAAACAGGAAUUUUUAUUCUCCGAAAGAAAAAUCGACAGAUUUCAUUUCUACAUUUGUAUCACCAUGUCUCAACGGUGUUACUUGGUUGGAUGUUUGGAAAAUAUUACGCCGAUGGAAUGGGUACAUUUAUACCAUUAGUGAAUUGUACCGUUCACGUAAUAAUGUACACCUAUUAUUUCCUCAGUACGUUUGGUCCAAAUGUUCGAAAAGUUAUUCAUCGAUAUAAAUUCUUACUUACCAUCACUCAAAUGGUGAGUGCUAGACAAAUGAAAAAAUUCUUCGUUAAAACGAAACUUACGAUUAUCGGAUGCCUGAACGUUUUAAUAAUUUUAUCGAUUUUUCAAUCUAAACAGGUACAAUUCGUAAUAUUGAUUUGUCACGCCUCGCAAACGUUCUUACCGAGCUGUGAUAUGGAUAAAAUACCUCCCCUGAUGAUGAUUAUUAAUCUUUUCAUUAAUUUCGCACUGUUUUAUAAUUUCUACGAGAAAAAUUAUUUAAUUAAGAAAAUUAAACAGAGUUAAUGUAAAUGUUAAACGUUUAAAUAUAAAAUGUAACUUUUAGUUAUUUAUUACUUAUAUACGUACCUUAUAGAAA